UAGAAAUACAAUGAAUCAAGAAAAGAAGCAUCAUUUUUAAGAUGAUAAUAAUAAUAUUGAAAUCAAAUGGAAAAUAACAAAAGGUAUGUAUAAUUCAUUAAAAUAGAUUUGCCAUAGGAUUAUCAAAUUUAACAAUAAUAAAUUAAAUAUGAACAUAUCCAGCCUCAACCAAAUCAUGAUUUUGGGUUUGGUCCUGGUAAUGGAUGGACUAUAAAAUUUAGUAAUGGAUAAGAUUUAGUUGCUACUCAAGAUUAACAAGGUUAAAUUAGUGUCUUUGUUGAUAAUGUUUGGGUGCCAUUAGAACAGAAAUUAGCAGAAUUUUAAUAAUAAAUCCUAUUAUAUGUUGAAGUAAAAGAUUAUGAUAAAAUCAAUGAAUAUAGAGGAUUUAUAACAGCUAAAGAUUGCUUUUUCUAAACACAAGAUCUCGGAGAAUUAGAAGAUUUAUCAUCAGAGAUAGAGAAACAUAUUUUAAGCAUCUUAGAUAAGAAUAGCUCUGUAUAUUUGAAAAUGACAAAUGAAAAUGCUGAAUUGUAAAUCAAAUUAUCAUUGGCAAAAGGAAAAAAAUUAAUUGAAUUCCCUAUACUAAUUCCAUUAGCCUUGAAAGAGUAAAAUAAAGAAGAGAAGGAAAAAUUAAUAAAAGAUAAGGAAUUAAAUACAUAAAAAUAGAGAUUGGAAAAAAUUGAAUAGGAAUUGAAGCAAUUAAAAUAAAGUCAAUAAUAAUAAAGCAAUUUAAAAAAAGUGACUUUGAAUGAUAUAAAUAAAGUCUAAAAAUAAGAAUAAGAACUAGAAAAAAAUAUCUAUAUAUCACGUGAAACACUUUCAGGGUUAUUUGAAUUUGAAUUAAUUAUCGCUAACGAUGAGAUUGAAUUUUAAGUUGGUAUUAUAGUAGAUAAUGAUUUGGGGAACAUUGAAAAAAAAAACAAAUCUUAUUAUGUCGUAUUACCUGAUGGAAAAUUUGUAAGAGGAACAUUAGAGUUUGGAAACUUUUUCACUUAUAAAUUAUAAGUGGAUGACAAACUAGGAUUAAGAGUUGACACAGUUAAAAAUUUAUUUUAAUUGGUUAUAAAUGAUUAUCCUUUUCCUCCAGUCAAAAUUAGUGAUUCAAUAGAGGAAUUUUCAUUUAUUAUAAUAAGUUCUGAGGAUAUAAAUUCAUUUGCUCAAGUUCCAUAAUAAUAAUGAAUGUGAGCUGAAUAUUAAUGUUAGCAC